AAACCAGAGUAACUGAGCUCUGGGGGGUAAAACGGGAACAAUUGAGGUCAGAGCCAGAGAUUGGAUCAAGAUGGAAGCAAGUAAUGAGUAUUUCAAGGAUAGAGACUACUCUGAUUAUGCGAACUACACCUACGAUAAUACCCCUGUGGAUGGGGUCAGGGAAUACACAGUUUACCAGAUAAUCUCCCUCCUGGUCUUUUUUGUGGUCUUCCUCUUGGGGGUGCCAGGCAACGCUCUGGUAAUCUGGGUGACAAAACUGGAGAGCCACAAGAUGGUGAAUGCUGUCUGGUUCCUGAACUUGGCUACCGCCGACCUCUUCUGUUGCCUGGUGCUCCCGCUGUUGGCCGUCCCCAUCAUCCGGCACGGGGAAUGGCCCUUGGGCGAAGUCUCCUGCCGCCUGCUGUCUUCCGUGAUCCUUCUCAAUCUGUACACCAGCGUCCUGCUGCUCACGCUCAUCAGCCUGGACCGCUGCCUGCUGGUCGUGAAGCCCAUCUGGUGCCAGAACCACCGGAGCGUGACCAUGGCCAAGGUGGCCUGCGGCGUGACUUGGGCGCUGGCCCUGGUGCUGACCAUUCCUUCCAUGGUUUACCGCAGGCUGAAGGAGGACCUCCCAGGCUUCUGGGAGUGCGGGGUGGACUACCGGGGGAACCGGGAGGCGGAGGUAGGCAUAGCGGUCACUCGCUUCCUGUUUAGCUUCGUCGGUCCCCUCCUGAUCAUCUCCCUCUGCUAUUUCCUUCUGCUCAACCGACUGUGGCGCCGCCAGGCCACUCGCUCCCGCAAGACCAUCAAGGUGGUCGUGACUGUGGUGGUGGGCUUCUUCCUGUGCUGGACCCCCUAUCAGAUUGUGGGGCUCCUCAUCGCCGUGUACUCCCCGAACUCCAGCGUCUUUGAAUGGAUGCAGCUCUUCGACAGCUUGACCAUUGCUUUGGCGUAUGUGAACAGCUGCAUCAACCCGGUCAUCUACGUGGUGGCUGCUCAUGGCAUCAAGGACCGCAUGGCGCGCCACUCCAUUUGCACCAUGAUCCAGAAGGUGCUGACUGAGGACUCUGUAGGGCGAGAAAGCAAGUCCUUUACGCGAUCCACAGGGGCUUCCGAGGAGAAUCUGUGACGAUCGGGAGCUCGGAGGGAGCCAUCUGGAGGAAUGAUCAAGUUGCAGCUAUGGAUUCCGGAGUCUUCCUCUUCUCCUAAAUCACUGGCUUCCGGGAGCCUCCAGCUAGAGGAUGAGCUUCUUGAGGGCAGGGGCUCUUGUUCUACCUUUGUUUGCCUUCUCAGUGUUUAUCACAGAGAAAUCAAUAAAUGAGAUUCCUGUCUACCCCCCAGAUAAUGCUUCCUCUAUGGCCUCCCCUCUUGGAGACCUUCUAGGAAUGCCCUCAGCCCCAGGGGGAACCCACUUCUAAAGUGUUUUUGGUAUCCUCUUUUCCUCUUUCUCCAGGAAAUCCUUUCACAUGGCACCCUGCCACCACCAUCUUGUUUCAAUAAAUAUUUGAGAAUUCGAAUUGAUUACAGUUGAAUGGGAGUUCAGGAGAUGAUGGACGUUGCCUAGUGCCCCAGCAGUUUGGAUGUUUAAGCACGGUCUAAAGAUGCCUGUUCCAGAAUUGGAGUCAGGAGGACCUGGCCUCAGACACUUCCUAGCUGUGUGACUGUGGGCAAGUCACUUCAUCCCAAUUGCCUAGCCUUGCCAUUCUUCUGUCUUAGAAUUGAUGCUGACAGAAGGCAAGGAUUUUUUAAAAACUUUAUUUUAUUCCAAUGACAAAUUUACACAUAAGUUUUUCAUGGUUACACGAUUCAUAUUUUCUUCCUCCCCUCUUCCAUCCCCCUUCUUGGAGUAGGCAAGCAAUUCCACUGGAUUAUACGUGUAUUAUCACUCACUACCUAUUUCUAUAUUAUUCAUUCUUUUUUUAAACCCUCACCUUCCAUCUUGGAAUCAAUACUGUGUAUUGGUUCCAAGGCAGAAGAGUGGUAAGGGCUAGGCAAUGGGGGUUAAGUGACUUGCCCAAGGUCACACAGCUGGGAAGUAUCUGAGGCCAGAUUUGAACCCAGGACCUCCCAUCUCUGGGCCUGGCUCUCAAUCCACUGAGCCACCAAGCUGCCCCCCUAUUCAUUCUUAUAAGAGAAUAAUCUUUUAAAACCAAAACCCCAAAUCUUAUAACCAAAUAAAUAAGUGAUAAAUCA